UGUUCCCUUCUCCAUUAAGAUUCCUCACCACUAUUCUCAUAUCUAAAAAAUCGCAACCGAACGAACUCUGUUUCUCUCUCGGUAUUUACGGACACCAGUUGAAAAUGCCGAGUCGCUGUGAGAUCUUCUGCGAGAUACUCAUCGCAAUCUUGCUCCCUCCUUUGGGCGUUUGUUUUCGCCACGGUUGUUGCAGCGUUGAGUUCUGCAUUUGUUUGCUCCUGACUAUUCUAGGUUACAUUCCCGGAAUCAUCUAUGCUCUCUAUGCCAUCGUGUUUGUGGAUCGCGAUCAGUACUUCGACGAGUACAGGCGUCCCCUCUACGCCCCCGCCUAGUCCCUUUGGCUCGCAUGAUCGUCCUUAUAUCGCAUGAUGAAGUAGAACUAUCAGAUGGGAUUUUUCAGGUGAUUGAUUAUAUAAACAAACUAAUGGAAACUUCAGCCAAGGAUGUAAAUGAUGGCAACCGGUUCUUGGUUGAGGCUACAGUUAAACUUGUGUAAGAUGUAAAUGGUGGCAACCCAUUAGCUUUUCUUCAUAAUUGUUCAUUCAUAAGAACAGGGCAAUAUUGUUUAACACGAAGGUUUUUGUUAAUUUCCAUUCAUAUGUUCAACUACGAAAAACCAUACACUUGGGAACAUUGUUUAAAUCAAUUCAAAUUGCUCUCUCUCUC